AUGGCCGACAAUCAGACUGCCCCCAUCUUGUUGGAUGAAGAUGAAGGAGUAGCUGAGCUUGAUGAUGGAGAGACGACGACGUCUGUCCGUUCCAGUAUUUUUCAGAACAAAGAACAGUUUGGAAGACGAUAUCACGCGUACAAGGAUGGGACAUACCAUCGUCCAAACGACGAGGCCGAGCUGGAGCGUCUCGACAUCGCCCACGCCCUCUUUGCAAUCAUCAACAAGGACCGAUUGCAUCUCGCUCCGCUCAAGCCCGACCUGGGCCGUGUCCUCGACCUCGGCGCCGGCACGGGGCUGUGGGCCAUCGAAUUUGCCGACGCCCAUCCUUCCGCCGUGGUGGUCGGCGUGGACAUCAGUCCCACCAUGCCCGAGGUCGUGCCGCCCAACGUGCAGUUCGAGAUUGACGACAUCAUGGACCAGUGGACGUACAGCAAGCAGGCCGACUUUAUCCACUGCCGGUACAUGGUCGGGUCGAUCUCGGACUGGCCCAGGCUGAUGCGUCAAUGCUAUGACAACCUCAACCCCGGUGGCUGGGUCGAGUUCCAGGAUUUCGACAUUGACUACUAUUCGCAGGACGGGUCGUUGUCGGACAAGCACGCCAUCAAACGCUGGCAGGUGCUGUGCAUGGAGGCCGCCGCCAAGGUGGGGAGGACACUGACGGUCGGCAGACAGCUCGAGCGGUGGGUCAGAGAGGCCAGCUUCACCAAUGUCCAGGCGGUCAAGGUUCCGGUGCCCAUUGGUCCAUGGCCGAAAGACAAGACACUGAAACGGAUGGGGCUGGUCAACUGGACGCAGAUCUUCGAAGGGCUGCAGGCCGUGAGCCUGAGGCUGUUCCUGAACGUCCUCGGGUGGACCCAGCCAGAGCUGGAAUCGCUGCUGAUGGAAGUCCGACGUGACAUGAAGAACAGGUCGAUUCACGCGUUGUAUGAUGUGUACACAGUCAUCGGCCAGAAACCAAUGAACCAGACGGGACAAUCUCACGAGCCGUCGACAAGCGCAAGGGAGAUAUGA